AUGGCUGAACGUGAGACUGAGGUUGGAGAGGAUAAUUACUCGGCUCUCAAGGACAAAGACGGAGUGAAUGAAACAUUGGAAUUGGUACCUGAAUCAACAUACACCCAGGAGGCCCAGUGUACCAAUCCAGAAUCAACAUACACCCAGGCGGCCCAGUGUACCAAUCCAGAAUCAACAUACACCCAGGCGGCCCAGUGUACCAAUCCAGAAUCAACAUACACCCAGGCGGCCCAGUGUACCAAUCCAGAAUCAACAUACACCCAGGAGGCCCAGUGUACCAAUCCAGAAUCAACAUACACCCAGGCGGCCCAGUGUACCAAUCCAGAAUCAACAUACACCCAGGCGGCCCAGUGUACCAAUCCAGAAUCAACAUACACCCAGGCGGCCCAGUGUACCAAUCCAGAAUCAACAUACACCCAGGCGGCCCAGUGUACCAAUCCAGAAUCAACAUACACCCAGGAGGCCCAGUGUACCAAUCCAGAAUCAACAUACACCCAGGAGGCCCAGUGUACCAAUCCAGAAUCAACAUACACCCAGGCGGCCCAGUGUACCAAUCCAGAAUCAACAUACACCCAGGCGGCCCAGUGUACCAAUCCAGAAUCAACAUACACCCAGGCGGCCCAGUGUACCAAUCCAGAAUCAACAUACACCCAGGAGGCCCAGUGUACCAAUCCAGAAUCAACAUACACCCAGGCGGCCCAGUGUACCAAUCCAGAAUCAACAUACACCCAGGCGGCCCAGUGUACAAAGCUCCCCAUCAGUCAGGAGUAA